AAAAAGAAAAAAAAGAAAAGAAAAUCACGGAAGAGAGUUUAGCAGUUGUACGAGUUUGGCAAGUUGCGUGGACUCGAAGCGGGAGUCGCUGCAAAACCACGAGGAGAAGAAAGGGCGCUCCUAAAAGACACUUUUUGCGCACUUUUGCACGUUUGAUCCGACGCUUUACGAGAGGGGAGUCAUGGAGGAAGCCAUUCAGACGGUGGUCAAGGUCUUCCUGAAGUCCGGAAAAGGAAAGGAGAGUUUGGGACCCAAAGACUUCCAGAACUUGGUCAAAAGCCAACUCAGCAACAUCCUCACGGACACGGAAAGCAAGGAGGCGGUUAACAACAUGGGGAAGGGGCUAGACGAAAACAAGGACGGCAAGGUGGGCUUUGAGGAGUACAUGAAGCUGGUGGGCUACCUGGCUAAGACCGUGAGCGAGCAGCGUUGCCGUGCCAACGAUGGCCAGCCGGCCCAAAACGCCCAGAGUGCCGCCGUGGAGAACGCCACCCCGGAGAACGCAGCCCCCAAGGUGGAAACCCCGGAGGUCAAGCUUGAAGCCAAGGCAGAUGGAAAGAUGGAGAUGAAGGUGGAGAAGAAGGAGGUGGAGAAGCCUGCCGAGGUGACCCUACCGGGUAUGAAGAUCACCGCACCGAGCGUGGAGUUGUCCUCAACUGGCCUGGACGUGACCCCACCUGGCGUGAGCGUGACCUCAACUGGCGUGAACGUGACCUCACCUGGCGUGGACGUGACCCCACCGAGCGUGGACGUGACCCCACCGAGCGUAGACGGGACCUCACCGAGCGUGGAGGUGACAUCCUCAUGUGUGGAGGUGGUGGUGAAGGAGGAGAUCGCCGUGGCGGAGGAGACGGAAAAGAUGGCCGAAGAUGCGGCGGAGAAGACGGCCAACGCGGCUGAGGAAGAGGCCGAGAAGAAGCCUGAGGAAUCUGCCUCCUCGUAGGGGACAAUCAUUCCAACCAUCCUUCCAUCCAUCACACAAAUAAUAAUAAUAUCCAAAAUAAUAAUUACACUCCAUCAAAACUAAGAACCACUACAACAGCUAAAGGCCUAAAUUUAUGACAAAUAUAUGACCACUAGCUAGCUUACUUGAUAUAUGGAACAUCUCUUAGUCGUUAGCCAUUGAUGGCUACAGACGUCAAACAUCCAUUUUAAUUGAGCUGCCAGUGAACGACUUAAUAGCAUUUUCUAGCUCUCUAUUUAGCUACAUGCGAUGUACAAAUACAGUAAUCCCUCGUUUAUCGCGGAUAAUUGGUUC